CACACAAUUUUAGUAUUAGACUACCAUUACUAAUAUAUACUCUGUUGUUUUACUACUAGAAUUCUCCAGACAGUUCUUAGCUCAUUUAUGUUCUUAACCAUACUCCUAGGCUUAGGUAGGAAAUACUUCCAUUUAGAAUAUCCCCAAAGGCUCAUGACAGCUUAGUCUUUUCUUUCUCACUCACCUAUAUACUUUAUACACCCAUAAGGACCAAGAGGAUAAUUAGAUUCAGCAAGACAAUAACAUGUCAUCUUACACUAAGAUAGUACCAGUGUUAUCCUACAAAUUGUAGCAGCUUUAGGCUUGCUUACUUGUUAUUCAGUUUUUAAAAAACUGAAAUUUAUAUAACAUUUUAGGGACACAUAAAAUAACAUAAAUCAAUACAUACCCUUUAUAAACCUAGUGAAUAGAAUCAGUACUUCUUUUGCUGGCUCACAAGUGUUGUUGGAUAGAAAGUGUACCUACAAAAUUACUUACAGCCUAAAAAUCAUGACUGUUCAGUUUUUGUAGAAUAUCUUACCUUUAAGGUAGAGGUGAUUCAAAUCAAAGCCCUAUUGACAACUUCUGCAUACUUCAGUGAGAGCAUUAUGUAGAAACGUUCUUUUGAUAGUAUCAGAAGUAUAACAUAAAAUAAAUCACUAGCAAUACCUUCACUACUAGCUUUAUUACUUUCAUUAGUGAGGGUUUCAGAGAAUUUUUUUUGGAAGCAAAUGCUCUUUGUUAGUUGAAAGCAUAUCAGUUUUCGGGUCUGUGGAUUGAAGAGCUCUGUGACAGAAACUUUCAAAGCUUGUUGAUAGGGAACCUCUAAAGGAGCUGUUCCGUUCUGUUUUAUCAGACACCUGUUUUCUGAAAGGAUGUCUUAUAUUAAUAUGUAAAAGAGUCAGAACAAUUUUUGGCAGAAGAGUCCUUGAGGUUAUACUGUACUUAAAAAGAUAUACUGUUUGGUUGUGAUCUGUAUGAAGGUGUAUUAUUCAGCGUUGUGAAGCAAUAAUAUACCUUAUUUGAACUCCAUAUCUUUUCUAUUUGCUUUCUCUGUAAUCAGUGGUAAUAGACCAUGAAAUGGAAACCAUAUUAUGAAAUAUUAAGGAUAAAAGAAAACAUUUAAAAAUAGAGACAUGAUAAUUACCUGUUUUUUUCCUUGCUUUAAGCUAAAAAUAAGCAAAGGAAAAAACCUGAGCAAAUGCAUAUGUCAGAUAUUCAAAACGUUAAGACUUUUUUAUUGUUGUAGGAGGAAAAAAAAUUCAUGUCAAGGAGGAAAAAAACCCUGCAGAGCUGACAACAGAGUUGCUUUGUUUUCCACAAUAAAAGCAAAUUCAUUCCACAAUUCCAAGGUAACUCAUUCAUCCAUGAAACUGAAUACAAAAGAAAUUUUAAGGGUUUAUCUCCAGUGAAAGAACCAAAACAAAGAAAUCAUUUGAAGGAGAACGGAAAUUUUGAAACAAUAUCUCCUGAAAAGAAGUAUAAUAAAACAGAUGAUCCUUUAAAAUUAGAAGCAGAGAUGGAAUCAAAAGACUUAAACCAGCCUAAAAAGAAACUUACUCCUUGGAGACAUCAAAGGCUUGGGAAGGUGAAUUCUGAAUAUAGAGCAAAAUUUCUGAGCCCAGCCCAAUAUUUUUAUAAAGCUGGGACUUGGACACGUGUGAAGGAAAACAUACCAAAUCAGGGUUCUCUAAAUGCCAUGUGGUAUGCGGAGGUUAAAGAACUCCGAGAGAAGGCUGAGUUUUAUAGGAAACGAGUUCAGGGAACUCAUUUUUCUCGGGACCAUCUGAAUCAGAUUCUGUCUGAAAACAACCGCUGUUGGGAUGUCUCCUCGACCACGAGCUCAGAAGGAACCAUUAGUAGCAACAUUAGAGCACUAGAUCUUGCUGGAGAUCCUACAAGCCAUAAGACUUUGCAGAAAUAUCCUUCUACAAAACUAGAAGAAAAAAGACCUAUCUUGGAAGAACAGCCCCAGAAAACUACCACAGAGAAAUUGGGUGUGUCAGAUGCUCCCAUACCUGUUAGAAGGCGUCUGGCUUGGGAUGCAGAGAACACCACUGAAGACACACAGAAACAGCCAAGAGAAGAGGAGGAAGAGGAGGAAAGGGACAAGCAGGUUAAUGUGGGAGAGCUAGAGAAGUUGGAAGUACAGGAAAAAUCUAAAGCAGACAAAAUAAAAGAAGGGUCGGAGUCGUCUUCUGUGUCCUCAGGAAAAGGAGGCAGGCUUCCUACUCCGAAGCUAAGAGAACUUGGUGGAAUCCAGAGGACUCAUCACGAUCUUACCACUCCAGCUGUUGGUGGUGCUGUUUUAGUGUCUCCAUCUAAAAUGAAGCCUUCAGUUGCAGAACAGAGAAAAAGAAUGUCCUCUCAGGAUGGCUUAGAAACUUUUAGGAAGAAAGAAAGUCGUGCUAUACCCCUCCUGACUUCUCCAGCUGCUGGUCUAAAAACAAUUGAUCCCUUGCCUUUGAGGGAAGAUUCUGAACCCAAUAUCCCCAAAUUUGCUGAGACAACUCUUCCAGUUUCAAAAAUUCCAGAAAAUCCAACUAACACACCUGGGCAGUCUCCAUCUCCACCCUGUGCCCCAUCCUACUGGCAUCCUUCUCGUCGAAUUCAGGGCUCCCUGAGAGAUCCAGAAUUUCAGCAUAAUGUGGGAAAAUCAAGGAUGAACAAUUUCCAGUUACCCCAGCAAGAAGCCUUUAAUGAUGAAGAUGAGGACAGAUUGUCGGAGAUUUCUGCUCGCUCUGCAGCUUCUAGUCUCCGGGCUUUUCAAACUCUGUCACGAGCUCAGAGAAGGAAGGAGAAUUUCUGGGGCAAAACAUAAUUAGACAUACACCUAGUUAAAUUGUUUUUAUCUAGGGGAACCACUGGCAUAAUCUUCUUUAUUGCUUUACUAUGUUAAGACUACAAGUGUUUGGAUUUUUUUCUAACAUUUCCUACCUAAAAAGAAUUGUUUGAUUUUUCAAUAGCCAAUUCAAUUUACUUGGAAAAUUUUUAACAUAGGUUCAUAAAAAUUUAACUUUUGAAGAAUUCGUUUUGCAUCUGUCCCAAAGUACAAAGACAUAGAGUAUAUAGUUCUUCACAUGUUCUAACUUGUAUUAGGUGUCAGGGGUAGCUGGUAGAAUUGUGAAUUUCACCUAUCCAGAGAAUAUUCUUAAAAAUGAAUAAAGUGAAGUAAAAAUUAAGAUAUAAGUGUGAAGUAUACAUUCCCCCCAAGAUUGGCUUUAUGUAUGUUUACAGUUGUAGAUGUCAUAAAAUGAGUUUGUUGUUCCUUUAACUUUUGCUGUGGUGUUUAUUUUUAUUUUAGUACCUUCUGUAUAUGGUUACAGUGUUAAAAUAAUUGUUCUUUAGAUUGAAAAUACCAGCUUUUGUAUAUACUUAUUUAUGUAACAAAGUUUGCUGAGAGAAUAUGUAUAUUUUUGAUCUUUGUGUGUAUUCUGUUUGUAUAAGGACUUUGGCUUACAUUUGAAUAAUGUCUGAAUUUUGAAAAAUUAUUUGUAAAAUGGAGAAUUAUAACUUUGUAGACAUUUUGAAAUAAAAAUUGAUCAAGUGUUUCA